GCAUGCGUCGCCAAUUUCUCUGCUACUAGCAUCUCCUAAUCAACGGCCCAACACCAGACCAAGCAUGACAGGCGAGCCAUAAAGACAUUGCGCAACUCCAGCGUCUUCGGACCCAUCUCAUCAGGCUCACAAUCCACGGGGGAAAAAAGGCCAAUAGUCAUGGCAUCGCAACCAUCAUCAUCCCCAAUGCCUACGAUAGCCGCUGCCGCCGUCGAUGCGACGACGACGACGACGACGGCACCUCCCCUGCAGGCCUCACACCUCGACACGCGCCUCGCCUCGCCCUCGCUCCCCAUCCUCCUACGCACCAUCAGCCUCCGCGACGCCGCCGCCAUGUCCGCCCUCGUCUCCGCGCCCGAAAACGCCGGCGCCGACCCCAACGCCCGGCCCCUCACCCCGGACCGCUGCGCCGCUAACAUUGCCCGCCAGCGCAUCGACGCCUCCGUGCCCUCUGUCUUGGACCCUGCCGCCACCGGGGGAGGAGGUGGAAGGGGACGCGUCCUCAGCGGGCCCUCGCGCGUCAACAUGGCCGUCAUCCUACUGCCCUCGCGCCGGGAGGAGGAUGCGCCGCCGCUGGCGGGCGAGGAGGGUGAGGAUGAGAAUGAAGAGGAGCAGAGCGAGACCAUGAUCGGCCUCGGCGGCUUCGGCGCCAUCAAGGACUGGGUACGCGACGGCACGCCCCUCCGCGCCGGCGACGUAGGCGUCAUGCUCGCCCCCGCGCACCGCCGCAGGGGCUACGCCGCCGAGGCGAUGCGCCUGGCCAUCGACUGGGCCUUCACGCCCGUCGCCGCCGGCGGGCCGCAGCUCGACCUCGUCACCGUCACGACGCUCGCCGGCAACGAGCCCAUGGUGCGCCUCGCCGAGGACAGGCUCGGCCUCCGGGGCAGGGGCGUGCUGCGGCCCGCCGCCGGCGAGCACGGCGAGUCUACCGUUGGCGAGCUGUACUACGAGCUGACGGCGGAGGCGUGGAAGCGGCUACGAUCCGAGGGCGUGAGAGGAGGCGCGCAUGUCUAGUCAAGAAUUGUAUGGAUAUAGAUGUAGAUAUAUAUAAUGAUGCUUCGUAGAGAUGAGGAGACAAAUAUGGACAGGAGAAUCUGGAGAGG